AUGUUCGCCCAGCCUUUGGAUCACACUUUCAAUGAUUUAUUCAACCAGUACGUCAAUGUGGACACUUCUUGUGUCGAUGGCAACAAAGACGUUUCAUUCCCCGGCGAUCUUGACCAACUAUUUCAACUGGAUUCAUUGUCAAGCGACUGUGGCGACCUCUCACCCACCAUCCCCACAUCCAAGCAACAGCAUCCAUCCGUGCAGUCGUGGAGCCGGGACUUCUGGUGUCUGGCACAGGACACCGAUGUAUCUGCAGGCCAAGGUCAUCAUUUCUCUUUAGAGGACACCAUCCAUCCCUCGGCAGUCUCAGAUCUCAGCAUCACUCUUGAAGCUCCCUCAGUCGCCUAUACCGCAGACACCCGCACGUCCCCGUCUACUCCUCCGGCCACGCCCAAUCGCAAAGUUAAGAGUGCGCUUGUCACUCCCAAGUCGAUCCGCCGUCAUCGUGAUUCCAAUGACCGUCGCGCUUUACUCCGCAAGCAAAGCUUUUCGCCCAGCUUAACGCGCUCAUCUCAAAUCCAACGAAGCAGGAUGGCCUACCCCGAAGCAUGGGCACAGCGAUUCCAGGAUUUCGCCUUCCGUAGCUCCGAAGCUCAGUUACCUUUGUCACCACCACCAUCCGACAUCCUCGUUCAACAAGAAAACAUGGCUGCCGAUCAGGUCGGUAUGCCUAUGGCGCGCUCAGCAGAAGUGCUGCCUCGGGAACCAGAAAUGUCUACCCACUAUGAGCCCAGCAUGUUCACUCAAUCUUCUGCCAUCACAAUGCCUUCCCCAUCGGCUGGCGCAUUGGCAAGACAACAACAACGUUUCCUGAGUCAAUCGAAUAGCUCCACGCUGAGCACAUCAAGCCCGCCUUCCGCCGACCACAUCUUCUCUUCCCCGCUGUCGUCCGACCCUCAAUCAAUGUCCUCGUGGCAAUCCGACUCUCUUGCCUCUAGCUUGCCGUACACCCCCGAAUUGCAGACCCACGAUGCUCAGACGUGGUGGUCACCGAUGACGUCCCGGACCGCCCCGCGGCAACCCUCCUACCAACAACUUAUCGCCUCGCCUUGCCCUCAGCGGCCGACUCAAAGCUCUACAAAUCAACAAGACAUGCUACAGGGAGGUCUCAUGAUCCAGUUGGAUCCCUCCUCAUUCGACCUCUCUCAACCACAAAGUCACUCAUACCCGCCAUCUGGCAUGCAAUCCACUGCCAGCGGCGAACAAAGCCGCUCAUACAGUCACGGCUCCUCUAGCAUCCAGCAGUCCGUGGAAUCGUCGUCCUUCACCACACCGCAACUACAAAGUACCUCACGCUCCCCAUCGUUGUCCCCGGGAAGCGGAUCGCCUCCGACAGGCAGACCGAUUUUACAAUGUCAAGGAGGCAUCAAAACCCCUCGCCGUCAUAGCAACGGCCGCAAACUAUCAGGCAAUUCCAUGAGCGCUCCCAAACCAGCUACAAAAGUCACCAGCUCGGGCAGUCCCCGCGGCAAGGCCGUCACCGUCUCCUUCGUGAACUUCACUGCCAAUGACAGCAAGAAGAUUCUUACCGGUGUGGCUCCCAGCGGCAGCUCGAAGACGAAGGCGCGACGAGAACAAGAAGCCCGCGACCGACGGCGCAAGUUGAGUGAGGCCGCGCUGAAUGCCGUGCGCAAUGCUGGGGGCGACGUUGAAGCUCUAGAAGCUAUCCUAUGCUAAUAAUCUUUGAACCUUCUCUCUAUGCUUUUUAAUCAUUAUUAUACCUUUGUUG